GAAGAGCAAAUCCUAACCAACUUCCAGGCAGCGGUGGUGAAGUUUGGAGAGGAAAGGCAGACUCCGUAAACACACUACAAAGUCUGAAAAAGCGAGUACUGACGCAGUCCGCAACCAGCCCGCCGCUAUGGACGACCUCGACGCGUUGCUGGCGGACCUGGAAUCUACUACAUCCCACAUCUCGAAGCGGCCAGUGUUCCUGCCUGAUGAAACCCCGUACUCCAUCCCGACCGGGGGACACUCCUACCAAGACCUGUCGGUCCCUCCUCCGGUCCCUCCUCCGCCCUCAGCUGAAGCGCUGAACGGGUCCCUGGCGGACCAGCCAGACUCCCACCACUCCUCGCAGCAGUCAUUAGGUUCAGCCCAGAAGAGCUCAUGGUCGAGGGACAGUAGCAGCUCUCCUUUGUCUCACAUUGAAGAGGACCACGUUUACAGUUUUCCAAACAAGCAGAAGACGUCCGACUCGUCGACAGCGGCCAUGACCUCCGCACUGGGCAGUAACCUCUCAGAGCUGGACAGGCUUCUGCUGGAGCUCAACGCGGUGCAGCAGAGCUCCCCAUCGUUCCCCACCACAGAGGAGGCAGCUCCACCUUUACCAUCCUGUAGCAUCACCCACUAUGAGAACGGCAGCGCUCCGGACAUCCUGGUCAGCCCGCCAGCUCAGGAGAAACCCAAGAGAAACGGCACCAAGCUGGAAGAUUCACGGCCGACUGUGGAGAGUCUGCUGGACGAGCUGGAAGGCUCAGUGCCGUCACCCAGCCCCUCCUCUCGCCACAGUGACUUGGACUCCUCCUCUCAGCAGCAAGCCCGAAUGUCAGCUUCCUGCGCCACGAGAGAGCUGGACGAGCUGAUGGCCUCUUUGUCUGACUUUAAGAUUAUGGCACAGGGGAAAGGCGGCGUCCCGGGUUCGAACCCAACGCAGGUCAACAAGCUGGACAACAUGCUCGGCAGUCUGCAGUCCGACCUCAACAAGCUGGGAGUGCAGACGGUAGCUAAAGGAGUGUGCGGCGCCUGCUGCAAGCCAAUCGUUGGACAGGUUGUGACUGCGAUGGGUCGCACAUGGCACCCCGAACACUUUGUGUGUACACACUGUCAAGAGGAGAUCGGCUCCAGGAACUUCUUCGAGCGCGAUGGACAGCCGUACUGUGAGAAAGAUUAUCACAAUCUCUUCUCUCCGCGAUGCUACUACUGCAACGGGCCCAUACUGGACAAAGUUGUGACGGCGCUGGAUAGAACAUGGCAUCCUGAACAUUUCUUCUGCGCUCAGUGCGGAUCGUUUUUUGGCCCAGAAGGUUUUCAUGAAAAGGAUGGGAAGGCCUAUUGCAGGAAGGAUUACUUUGAUAUGUUUGCACCCAAAUGUGGCGGCUGUGCCAGAGCCAUCCUGGAAAACUACAUCUCAGCACUGAACUCUCUGUGGCACCCCGAGUGUUUUGUUUGCAGGGAGUGUUUCACCCCGUUCGUGAACGGAAGCUUCUUCGAGCACGACGGCCAGCCCUACUGUGAAGUGCACUACCACGAGCGCCGCGGCUCGCUGUGCUCCGGCUGCCAGAAGCCCAUCACGGGCCGCUGCAUCACGGCCAUGUCCAAGAAGUUCCACCCGGAGCACUUUGUGUGCGCCUUCUGCCUGAAGCAGCUCAACAAAGGCACCUUUAAAGAACAGAACGACAAGCCCUACUGCCACGGCUGCUUCAUCAAGCUCUUCAGCUAGGCGGCGCCGGCCCACGCCGCGUUUAGCUCAGACCGUAGAGGAGGCAGGUUUAGCACAGGUAGAGUGAGAAUGCAUUCUGUUUGUAUCAGAGGAAGUUGGAAGCGUGUGUGGGUUUAGGUAUGUGCAUGUCCGCCAAACUGAACGUUUCUUCAGAAAUGUGGAAAAAAAUAACUUUUUGUCUAGACUGACACCAGUUAUUUUUGGAGAUUUUCAGAUUUUUUUUACAUUUAUGAGUAAAUGUGACACUGACUUAUUCAGUAUUUAAAGGUUCUGGAGAGGUUUUAUUUUGCCCCAAAAAUCUUGUGCUGCUGGAAAACCAAAUCAAGAGAACUUUUCUCCCAGUCGAUCCCCUCCUGUGUUUCUCCGUGAUGUUAAGCAGUUCAUGUUUCAUGUAACCCUCCAUCAGUCACUUUGUCAAAAUUUUUAACUUUUAAUAAUUUUGAGAGGCAGAAAAUUCUUCCUGAAAUUCAUAAAAUAUUGUUUGUUUGAAAGAUGCUCACUGGUUGAGUUUGUCAUUUUUAAAACAAUUUUAAGAAAAGUAUCAAGUAGAACAGGUGACCUGUUGUUUUUAGCAUUUCACUCAAGUGUUUUUACAACGGAGGGCGAAUUGAGUUUUGAUACUUUAUCUGUAGCAUGCAGUUGGAUCCGCGGUGGCUCAAGUCUGAACGUUGGCAUUCAUUAUUCUGUGUGAAAUCGUAUUGAUUUUCACACCUCAACCUAAAGAUUAUGAGGGUGGACACUGUUUCAGAGCAGUUCUACUGUUCUCAGAUCAGUUUAUUAACCUGCUCUUAAACCAAAAACCAAGCGCGUCUGUGUGGAUACUUAACGGCAGAGAUGAAUCGCAGCAUGUCGUUUCACAUUCUUCGUGCUGCCAAAUCAUUCCUUGUCUUUUUCACUGAAGAGAAGAGAAAAACGACCUGAAAGUCGUCUCGCUCAGCAAAGUGGAGUCAAAGACUUUGGGAGUAAAUAGUGUAUCUUUUACACAGCCAUGACUGUUCCUGCUCAAACCCACAGAGUUUCUUCUUGUAAAUAUCCGAUGCAGCUACGGUGUAAGCAAAGCGCUGACAUGCUCGGCGUGUACAUGUGUUCAUUAACCACUCGUUGAAAAGAAGAAGGAAGGAGAGCGGCUGCUGGGGAGGCACAGCAGAGAUACUCUUUGCUGUCAUUACUGUAUUGAGAAGCUGGUGAAUGUUUGUUUUGAAAGACGUGCAUUACUCAAACACUACAAAAAAAAAAAAAAAACCUGUCUGUGAUUUUCUAGUAACUAUGCAGCUG